AUGAAUUUAUACUAGUUUAUUCCACCAAGAUUCAUAGACUUGUUUCAUUUCUAAUCAGUAAUUGAUGUGAUAGACAAGUACUUAGAGCCUCAUUAGGUGAUCCUUUUGAAUAGAACUUGCAGCUAAAUUAAAACCAAGAUUCAAGAGAAUGCAAGAAUACUGAAUAUUUUCCAACAAAUUUUGAUCAAUGACGAAUAUUGUGAAUUCCUUCCUAGAAAAAAAUUAAUAGAAUGGUAUAUUAAACAGUUCAAAUGUCUAGAGCAACUACGCCCAAAGUAACUAGCUAUUAAAUCACUGGACCCUGAAUAAAGAGAAAAUGAUUAAAUUUUGUUGGAAGAGCUAAUUUCUUCUAUGGCAUCUCAUUGUACCGAUCUUAAGUAACUUAAACUAGAAAAAACACCCUUCGAACUUGUUUGA